AUUAAGAUGAGUUCAUCUCAAAAUUUUCGUUUUCUACCAUUUGAAGCUGAUGAUCCGAUAUAAUUGACUUUUAACUCAAGGAAAGCUAGAUAUUAGAACAUGACUGAGCCUGUUAAGAGUGAAUCAGGUUUUCCUAGAAUGGAAUCCAAAAGAAUCGAAUCUUUAGUGCUCGAUGCUACACCAUUAAUUACUCAAUCAGCAUCUUCUUUGCAACAAUAUGCUAAUAAUUUUUAUACUACACCGGGGGUACAUUCAGAGCUUAAAGAUGAACAUGCUAGAUCCCAGCUUCUUUUAUGGGCCGAAAAUUUGAAGGUUAGACAUCCAAAGCAGGUAUACAUUGAUAAGGUUAGUCUGUUUGCUAAAUUGACUGGGGAUUAUUCAGUUUUAUCAUUGAAUGAUAUUCAUAUUAUUGCAUUAGCUUAUGAAUUAGAAGCCGAAUUGAACAACGGUACCGAAAGAUUGAGAAGCUAUCCUGGUGAGGUGAAAGAGCAUGAAAGAGAAGAACUUGAAAGAAGAGAAUCCGAGAGAAAGCUGAAACAAGCUGAAAGAGCAAAGCAACAAGCGAAUAAGAUUGAAGAAUCUGAAAGGCCGGAACCACAAGAAGAAACACCACAAACCCUUGAAGUAGACGAUGGGUUUCAAGUUGUUCAACGCCCUAAAAAGAGAAAUAACAAAAAGAAGUUUAAUAAACAAGAACCAAAAGAAGAAGUGAAGAAAGAGGUGCAAGAAGAAUCAAAGCAAGAAUCAAAGCAAGAAUCAAAGCAAGAAACGAAAGAAGAAUCCACGUUAAGCGCAGAAUAUAACGAAGACGACGACGAUGGAGAUUGGAUUACACCAGAGAACUUACAAGAAGAAAUGUUGAAAGAUGCCAAUGAACAAAUACAAGAAACAAAUACGUCUGAAGUUAACACACCCGCCGUGAAAGUAGCAUUAUCAACCGGAGAUUUUGCCUGUCAAAACGUAGCCAUGCAAAUCGGUAUCAAUUUAAUGAACACCUUAACUGGUAAACAAAUCAAAAGGGUUCGUAAUUAUAUGUUACGAUGCCAUGCAUGUUUCCGUUUAACACCAUUACCAAAAAAUGGUGUUCCAAAACAUUUUUGCCCUAAAUGUGGUGGUAAUACUUUACUUAGAUGUGCAGUUUCAAUCGAUAAAGAUACUGGUAAAGUAACUCCUCAUUUAAAGAAAAAUUUUAUGUGGAUUAAUAGAGGUUCUAAAUUCACUUUACCUUCUCCCCAAUCUAAAAAUCAACAAAAACUACAAGGUAAUGCUGGACAUCAGCAUAAUAAACAAAAUAGAGCCAAAGCAUUACAAGAUCCCUUGAUUCUUAGAGAAGAUCAAAAGGAAUACGGUCAGGCCAUUAAAAAUGAACAGUGGCAAAGAAAAUAUAAUGAAAAAAUGCUUCAAGAAUGGAUUGGUGGUGGUAGUGCUGAUAAUUACAUGAGUCCUUUUGGUACUUCCCAAAGCAAUAGACAUUCCAACGUUAAAGUUGGAAGAGGUAGGCAUGCUAAUGCCUCCAGAAAAAGAAAGUGAUCAUUCUCCUUCUCAAUGUAUACUAGUUUUUUACAUAAACAUACCAAUACAUAUCGUAUAAUCUCUGA